AUGAGCAUAAGCCCGUCAUACCGUGAUGUAGUUCUUGCUGCUCGAAAAGGACUGUUUAUAAUCGAUCUCGAAGCACCACUUGAGCUACCGCGUUUCCUUCCACAAGGUGGAACAUGGGAUGUUGCGGACGUUCAAUGGAAUCCACAUCCAGCGCGUGCGGAGUAUAUCGUGUCCACCUCUAGUGAAAAGCUUCUGAUAUGGAACUUGUAUCUGUCGGGGAAAACAUCUAUCGAACACGUUCUUCACUCACACUACCGCGCUAUCACAGACAUCAAUUGGCAUACACAGGAUCCCGAUAUUGUGGUCAGUACGGGUAUUGAUUCGUGGUUGUGGGCUUGGGACCUAAGAACUCCAAGUAAACCAGUGAUGGGCCUUUCUGCAUUCAAUGCACAGACUGGUGCAGUGCACCUGUCUGAGCUUCUCUCGACUACUCGUGAUGUGAUGUUCUCUCCUCUAGCACGCGAGCUAGGAGAUGCAGGAACUCAAGUGAAGUGGAAUCGUCAGGACGGAAAUGUGCUCGCGUCGUCACACAAAAACGAAGUUCUUAUUUGGGACCGACGGAAAGGCUCCAUCCCCGUGACAUGCAUUCAAGCGCACAGUGCAAAGAUAUACGGUAUCGACUGGGCUCAUAACAGUUCUCACGAGAUUGUUACAUGCUCCCUCGACAAAACGAUCAAGGUUUGGGACAUACAUGACCUGGAGGGAAAGAGUAAACCUUUUCAGCGCUCAUGGGGGUCUUCAAAGGUUCAGUAUGGAUACGAACCACAGACCGUCAUACGCACGAUGUAUCCUGUUUGGAGAGCCAGGGAUCUUCCGUUCGGUAAAGGGAUUCUUAGUCUACCGCAAAGAAGCGAACAUGCGCUAGAGAUGUGGACGCACAGCCCUGAUCAACCCCAGCCAACAACACCUGUCGAGGUAUUUGAAGGACAUACAGACGUGGUCAAGGAGUUUGUUUGGAGGAGAGGAGGGCCAGAUUGGACUGAAUUCCAAUUGAUUACCUGGUCGAAAGACAAGACCCUGAGGCUUUGGCCUGUUGAAGCUGAUGCUAUGCAGAGAGCAGGCCAACCCAGCGGAACACACGCUCUGCCUCGCAUGCAAGGGUAUGCUGACAACGGAACUUCGUUUCGGACCCCAGACAUCACACAUAAGGCGGAAGCUACAUUUUCAGCCCCUGUCGGUCACCGUGGCAUUCUUGCGGAAGUCCGCGCGGCACCUCCCUCCCGCAAUCCUGGUCUACGCCAGCGGCACCAACCCCUCCUCAAUCGUACGUCUAUCUACAGUUCCACUACUCUGGGACCGCAUGGGUCCAUCCGCUCUCGCAGGACUCAGUCCGAAUCUGAGCUAGACCAAGCACCGACCACAACUGUGCUGCCAAUCCCAAAUGCAGCGAGACAUGGCGGCACGAUGUCCAAGGGCAAUGUUGGAGGAAAAUCGGCGCGUGUGGAUGCAGUCCAGUGGUUGUCCAACGUUCGCAUUGGUGACAAGGGGAGGGAAGGAAGUUCAGGGACAGGAAGCGGGCAAAACAGUGGCAAUGCGAGUCGUAUUGGAAGUCGUAGUCGACAGAGCUCGAGAGAUCCCCCGCCGGGAUCUGGGCAAACUCUUCUCAGUUUCGGGACGGGUGGGCAGAAGAGGAGCGACAGUAGAAGCAGGUGGGAAGGUGAUGCGGACGAGCAGAGCUUGCAGGAUGAGAUAACCACAGUCCUAACAAAGCUAUCGGCUUCUAAGAUCAAGCUUGAGAAGCACGACCUGACAAAGAGACGAACAUGCACAUUAGGCCUGAAUGGACCUUGGGGCGAGACAUCGUCGGUUUUUAUUCGUGUUUCUUUUACCUUUCCAAAUGAUUACCCUCAAGGCCUGCACCCUGAAUGCACCCCAAGCGUCGAGCUCGAGCGAACACCCCUCAUCUCAAUGCGCAACCGCGCCCUGAUGCUCCGCCGGCUUCGUACUAUUCUUCGCUCGCGUCGACCAUGUCUAGAGGCCUGUCUUAGAUUUUUACUUUUCCGAAACGAGGAUCAGCAAGAACGCCAAACCGUACAUAUGGGGUUCGAAAGUUCUUCCGAUGAAGAUGAAUCCGCUAUGUCCAGAAGGGGGCGAGAUACUGGCGUCACUGUCUUGCAAAAUGAUAAGAACAUUGCUGAGCCGCGAACUUCUCAAGGUGUUUUUGGGCCGAAUGGCCAGCUGAUUUGUUUUACUCAUGCUCCUGUCAGAAUCGUCCAUAAUCCGUUGCACGACCCCUCUGCGUCAUCAUCCGCACCUCCAACCUCGAACGACAUGCAGAGUGUCCCUCGUCUCUUCCAGUCCCCUGCCUUACUUUCGGAUGCUAUUCGUAAUCUGACAAUGUCUUCUUAUGACCGGCCCAUAUCCAUUUCUGGCUCACGACACAAUGAAGACGGUGAUAACAUUCUGCAUGUCAUGACGGACCUUCUGUUCUUCUCGCGGCUCAAACAACGUCGCGCGUCGGAACAGUCACGGCUCGAAGGUUUAAAUGGAGGCUAUUCUUUGCUUCCGACACGUAUGAUGACUGUCUUCCUGAAGGACGCCACAUUCCUUGUCGGGGCGGACCGAGAACUGGCCAAAGAAUACGUGUUUGACGGACCACUCGGUGACCCAACGCCAGCCGGAAUGUGCAUGACCAAUGUAGUAGUAGCGAAGAAACAUGGACGGUCUGAUCAUGAGCGAUUCUUUCACGCGAUUGGUAUGGUCUUCUCCGCUCACAGUGCCAAGGAUGUAUCCUUUACCGCCGAGGAUCCAUGGGGUUCCAAUCCGUUGGUGAUUCAUCUAGUCAUGGAGAUGUAUAAUGAAUUUGCUCGAGAGAAGGAUGUUCAGAUGCUAGCCAUGGUUGCUGUCAUACUCUUGAAAAUGUACCAUUCUCCGCAUGUAAUUCAUAAAGAAUCUCCCUCUGUUCGAGUCAUCUCUCCACCUGCUCCCGCCAUUCCGCGUGUCGCUACCGGCGACUAUUUCGCUGUCGUUCGACGGCGCAAAGACAAUCGUGCGCCUCCACUCUCGCCCGUGUGGAACCGAACCGCCUCCUCACCUACCGCAAACCUUGUGUCGACGUCCUUAUCGUCUCUCUCUUCCCGUGGGUCAUGGUCUAGCCUUUUCAAUACUGGUAGCAUGCGACAGCUUAUGACGGGUACACAACAAGAGACAACCAGGGAGAUUCCAUACCUAGCCUCAAGCUCCGGCCCGGAAAACGAGAUUGUAGCGACUCCUGUUCCCGGUGUAAAGAAACAUAUACUCUCAGCCUCUGGCAUGGAUUCACCUACAUCUCGACGAAAAGGACGUGCCACAGAUUUGAAUAUGGAUGUUUCUGCGGUCACCAGUAGCAAGAGGAUUUCUGUAGCGUUUGCUCCUGGACAUGCUCAGAAUUCGCAGGGCCAACAUCCUACAUUUUCUCAGGUCGUCAGUGCUCGAACAUCAUUAUCCACGAGGACUUUAGUUGUCAAUGACUAUCGAGACACCCUACAUCAAGAACAGACGAGAAGUCUAAGCUUGUUCCGGCCACCAUUUAUCGAGAAGCUUGUGGAUCAUAUUCUGGCAUAUGCUGAAAUUUUAUUCCGCUGGGAACUGCUUCAGCAACGCCUUGAGCUCCUUAAAUCAAUCAGUCAGGAGCUCCAUGUGUAUGUCAAGCAUGAUACAGCACUGGAACAAAAUCAUCUGGGGUUCGUUUCCUUGUGCACACGAUGUGAAGACGACGCAACGCCACGAGGGCAUCGACCCUGCUCUUCUUGUCAUGCUCGGCUGACAAUGCCCCUUUGUUCAAUAUGUCGUCUUCCGGUGAAAGGGCUCUGCUAUAGCUGUCUUGCAUGUAAUCAUGUCAGUCAUGUAGGAUGCUGGAAGGCGGCCAAUGUGGCUGCUUGUGCUACUGGAUGUGGUUGUGUAUGCAAAGGUAUCGACGCAAGAGUAAAUGGACAGGAUUCUCUAAGCCGUUUUACAUUCUCGCCGCAGCCUAUAUCUUCACAACCCCUACUGUAG